AUGGACAAUUUCAGUAAAUUUCAUUUAGUCCUUGACUCCUUGCUCUGUCCGGUUUGUGGUGAACAACCUGAAUCUCAUCAGCAUUUAUUUUUUCAAUGCACUCUGUCUAGACGAGUGGUGGAGUUAGUGUUCAGUUGGCUGGGUUUUAGAGGGUUGCCGUUAGAGUUUGCUGGUUGGUUAACUUGGCUCUCGCUGAAAGCAUCUGGUAUUGUUAGACUCAUCAGCAUUGCAGUUUGUGCAGCCACUUGUUAUUGUAUUUGGCUGAACAGAAACAGGUGUGUCUUUGAAGGCUGCUCCAAAUCUGAAUCUUUACUUGCUUUUGACAUCAAGAAGGUUCAGUGUGUUGAUCCUCUUGUUUUGGCUCUCUUUGUGAUGUAUUUUGGUGGUUGA